AUGCAUACCCUCAUCAACAUUCUCUACAUCUACGAAACUGCCAAAUACCUCAAGAAUAUGGAACUUCUUGGCAACUGCCGCCAAACCACGCGUACCAAUCUUCGGAAUCUCAUCGCUGUCAAUGUGCUUAUAAUCAUACUCGAUUGCAGCGUUAUGGGGUUGUGUUUUAGCGGAUACUUCGACCUUCAAGGCUUCUACAAGGUUGCUGUGUAUGCUGUAAAGCUCCGUACCGAGUUUAUGAUUUUGAACCAGUUGCGGAAGGCGUUGACGGGCGCCUCGACCGGCGGAUCAGGACUUGUUGUGCAAAGGGACGCUGGCAUUUCUCUGCCAAAGAGGAACAACGUCGUUGAGGUCGUUGAAUAA